AUGGCCUCUCUCCGAUCCUCCUGCCUCCUCGGCGCCUCCUCCGUGAGGACAGCCCUCCGCCCUGGCGCCCGAGCUGGAGCUGUCUUCACCCGCUCCAUGGCCUCCGUCAGUGAGGCUCCCGCACAGCCUGAGGCCAAGUUGAGGUCUUUCCAGAUUUACCGAUGGAACCCCGAUACACCCAGCGAGAAGCCGCGCCUUCAGACCUACACCCUCGACCUGAACAAGACCGGCCCUAUGAUUCUGGAUGCCUUGAUCCGAAUCAAGAAUGAGCUCGAUCCCACCGUCACCUUCCGACGUAGCUGUCGAGAAGGCAUCUGCGGUAGCUGCGCCAUGAACAUCAAUGGGCAGAAUACUCUGGCUUGCUUGUGCAAAAUCCCCCUUGACACUGCUGCCGACGUCAAGAUCUACCCUCUGCCCCAUACCUACGUCGUCAAGGACCUUGUCCCUGACUUGACGCAUUUCUACAAGCAGUAUAAGAGCAUCAAGCCCUACCUCCAGCGCGACACCCCCGCGGAGGACGGCAAGGAAUACCGACAGAGCAAGGCCGACCGCAAGAAGCUUGACGGUCUCUACGAGUGCAUCUUGUGCGCUUGCUGCUCAACUUCGUGCCCCUCCUACUGGUGGAACUCCGAAGAGUACCUCGGUCCCGCCAUCCUCCUCCAGUCCUACCGAUGGUUGGCCGACUCCCGCGAUGAGCGCACGGCUGAGCGCAAGAACAACCUCGAGAACUCAAUGAGCCUUUACCGUUGCCACACUAUUCUCAACUGCACCAAGGCGUGCCCCAAGGGCCUCAACCCCGGCCUGGCUGUUGCCGAGAUCAAGAAGGCGAUGGCUCUCGGUAACUAG